ACAACAGGAAGUUUUUGCCGGGUGGGCCUCGUUCGGAAAGUGUCAAACACCGCUUGUUUGACAGUAUGCCAGACAUUGGUGGUUACCAUGAGCAGCUCCAGAGGGACUCCCAGUUCCUGUGCUCAGACCAGAGGAUGGACACUGAGCUUGUUGACAGACUGGUGCUGCAGCUCAACAGGAUCUACCCCCAGAUACUCACUGACAAGGAAGCCCAAAGGUUCAGGAACCUGAGGGUGCCCACCAAGGUGCGAUUAGCCGAGCUGCUGAAUCACCUGCACGAGAAGGGUGAGGACGCGUGUCAUGAAUUCUACAGGGGACUUCACAUCCACGCUGAGCACGUCUACUCCAGCCUGCCCACCAGAGUCAGACAAAGAGAGAUGACAGACCCAAAAUUGUCUAACAAUGUGGCAGCCCAACCAGAGAAACAUGUGCUUAAUGACAGAGGACCAAUGUUCUUCCUGAGCUGUUUCAGUUUUGCAGUCGGUAUUGCAAUUCUCUACUAUUAUGGAGAGGGUGAGACAUUGAGAUGUACUGGCCCGUUUCUUCACUGUUCUGCAGCAAGACUUAGUCAAGAUGUUUUAAUUUCCUAUGCUGAGGUUGGAAAGCAUAAAAAAUGAGGCCAUAAAGGUGCUGAAUGUGCUGAAGUAGCCAUGCCUAAAUGGGAUCCCUCUGGAUCAGUAAAGCUUCUAUCUAUCUAUCAUUUGUGAGAAGAACAAGCCAUGAAAUUUGCCAUUUUGCGGUGCCAAAUACACUUUGUGAGCUAUAAAAUUGUUUUUUUCCUGAAAUUGCAUGUAUUUGUAAGCACCAAUUGACUUGUUUUUUAAUCUCUAAGUAGAUGAAAUUGACUUAAUCUGUCACAAAUUCCCAUGGCUGACAUUUCUUUAUAUGAACAACAUCAUGUUCUCUCAUAGUGCUUUUUGCUUUUAUAUACUGUUUGAGACUUGCCUGGAUUUAUUGUGUAUACAGAGAAACAUUUUCUGCUAAAUUGAACUAUAAUAGUAGAGUGAUGAGAUGAAUCUUACUUUGAAUGAAAUUUAAAGGCUUUGUUCAUCCACACAGGGGAUAUCAAUAACUCAGGCUGAUUAGACCUCUGUUCAGGUUGAAGUUGGGUGCAGCUAUGUUACGAAUUAUCUGCUGCCAUUAACUUUUUUAUGAAUAAGAACAACAAAAAUGAUAUAAAACCAACAGAAGGGUGUAGAAGAUAUCAAUCAAGCACAGUUUGUACACAUCCACACUGUAUGGAGAAGACAUCUGGUUAGGAAACAUAAGUGAAAACCCUUGUAUGAGUAGACUGUUGGUUUGUAUUGUAUGAACUACCCUACACUAAAAUUUACUUAAAGAUACUGCAUAAUUCUCACAUGCUCGCCCACUUUAAGUGCCUUCAAAUACUGUGAUGAAGAUACUUGAACAUCUACGAACUAAAGUGCACUAUAACAACUUUUGCUCAAAUAAAGCACAAA